AUGCAGACCAAGUACAUCUCCCUACUCGCCGCUGCGGCUGCUACCACCGUCUCUGCCACUCAAGUCAAGCGCGUUGACGUCGUUCACAUCUUCGAGACUCUCCACGUCGGCAAGCACAUCCCCAGCUUCACCCCCAACAAGCGCUCCGUCAACGUCAUCUUUGAGCGUGACGACAAGGAGGAGUGCCAGAGCUCUGCCCUCUCUAUCCUCCGAAGCGCACCCACUGCCAACAGGGACCUCGAGUCCUGGGCUCUUACCGCUGAGACCACCGACCCUUGCACUCUCACUGCUCCCUCUUCGCUGUCUUCCGAACUCUUGAGCUACAUGACCGCCGUGGUUGAGUGGUCUAACGAGAAGGCCGAUGAUAUGCAGGAGCUUGUUGACAAGUGCCUUGAUGGGGAGGACGCCAACGAUGCCAACCUGGCCGCUUGCCCUACUCCUGGAACCGUCAUCUUUACUGCUGCUACCACCACACAGACUGUCCAGCUCAAGACUGUUCUCGAGACAUUUGCCACCCCUGGUGCUUCUUCUACUGGCAGCGCUGGUGGCUCUGGCGGCUCUGAUGACAAUGAUCAGGCCAACGCUGCUGCUCCUCGUGGCGCCAACUUGUUCGCUGCUGUUGCUGCUGUUGGUGUCGCUGGUUUCAUGAUUGCUGCUUAA